ACCGCCCCUCAGUCCGCCUUUGGAGCAGGCUACGCCAGACCUUUGGAGUGCCUGCUUAGCUACGGUAGUUAUCAACAAAACGUGUCUUCUCGAACUAUGGACUCUCAUCUAGCUGUCGGAACGGCACGGCCCAGAGAGCGUCUACGCUUCAGCAGGGAAGACGUUUUUCAGCACAGAACUCGAGAGGAUUGCUGGAUUAUUUUGUACGGAGAGGUCUACAACGUGACAGCCUGGCUAAGAUUUUUAUUUUACUUAUAUCUUGUCUGGCUCUGCAAGACCAGGGAAUAUCGAUCCACAUGGGAGAAGUGACAUUACGCA